AUGCUCUUCCCAUAUUUGUGGUUUCUAUAUUGUAUUGCCGUUCAGGCCACACUUGUUCGGAAACAUGACGAGACUUUUAUGCCAGACUUCUCGCUACGAGUUACAGUCAAGAAUAUCUCGCAAGGAUGCUUCUUUCGAGAAUCCGUCGUUGUUAAUGGUACUUCCCCGGGCCCUACUCUUCGCAUCAAGCCGAACAAGGUCUCAUGGAUCAGAGUGUACAAUGACAUGGCUGACCAGAAUUUGACCAUGCACUGGCAUGGCUUGUCUCAAAGAAUGGCAAUCUUCUCCGAUGGCACGCCCGUUUCACAAUGGCCUAUAGCACCAAUGCACUACUUUGAUUACGAGAUUCUGCCAGGGGAAAGUGAUGCAGGAACAUCAUUCUAUCAUUCACAUGUCGGUUUCCAAGCUGUUACUGCGAAUGGCGCUCUCAUUGUUGAAGAUGUUCGAAGUCCGCCAUAUCACUAUGAUGAUGAGCGUAUUCUUCAACUGACGGACUACUUCAACAAGACAGACUCUGUGAUCGAACAGGGGUUGACUUCCAACCCAUUCGUCUGGUCUGGAGAGACGAAUGGCGUACUUGUUAACGGCGUCGGAGUGGGAAUAGGCAAACAGAAUGAUUCAUCCUGCAAGCUCCCUGUCGUCGACGUCUUGCCAGGGAAAAUUUAUUGCAUGAGAAUCAUCGGAGCAACAGCACUGUCGCAUGUCGGCAGUGGCCAACGCUUCGACAUUCUCUUCAAGACCAAAACAAUCGACGAGCUCAAAGGCUCAAAUCGCACACAAUUCUGGAUACAAUUCGAAACCCGCGAUCGGCCAAGCGUAUAUCGUGGAUACGCAUCUCUCCGCUACACAAUCCCCGGUGCAAAAAGAGCUAUUACCCCUCCAGCGCCAUCAACACCACCACUGUCUCUACCCAACACAACAUACUCAUGGUUAGAAUAUUCUCUUCAACCCCUCGUACCCAACAACUUCCCCACCGCCGCAGAAGUGACCCGCCGCGUCACCAUGACAGUCCAACAAUUUCAAAACGGCAGCAUCUAUUGGUCGCAAAACGGGUUAAAUUGGACAGACCACAUCGCGACACCAAUGCUAAUAGACAUAUACAAAAGAGGCGACGCCGCAAUGCCCAAUCACACCCGAGCACUCCAAAACAACAACUGGGACCCAAUAACAAAAUUCUGGUCCGCUGAAAUCGGCCAAGUGUUGGAGAUGAUAAUCCAGAAUACUGGAUCUUUGGUGGAAAAAAUGCUGGAGAAAUUGAAGGGGUAUCGACCUGUGUUGAGGGAUACGACGAUGUUGUAUCGGUAUGCUGAUGUUGGGGAGGCGGGUAAAGAUGCUAGUUGGAGGGAUUGGAGAUUGAGGGUUAAUCAGCCUGGUGUGUAUGUUAUUCAUUGUCAUAUUUUGCAACAUAUGGUUAUGGGUAUGUCUACAGGUUGGGUGUUUGGUACUUCGGCAAGUGAGAUUCAGAAUAUACCCUACAAUGAUAUAUCCGGGUAUCUGGAUUUCGGAGGUAAUGCUUACGGAAGUACAGCGCUGUAUCCUGAAGUCGUUGAAUACUUCAAGAACGUAGUGCCAGAGAUCUGA